AUGAUGAUCGGCAAGCGGCCAGUGUACCUGAUUACCACAUUGGGCCUCCUCUGCUCAACGAUCUGGACUGCAGUAGCCAAGGACUUUAUCUCGCUUGCCCUCUCCCGUGCUAUCCAGGGUUUUUGCAUGUCGCCAAUGGAGGCUCUGGUUCCGGCAUCGAUCUCUGAUAUCUGGUUUGUUCAUCAAAGAGGGUUCCGGAACGCGGUUUUUAACUUGGGUGUUCUUGGUGGCAUCAACCUUGCCUCGCCCAUCGCGGGCGCGAUCAUCGACAAAUACGGCUAUAAGACUUGCCUCUGGGCUAUGGCUGGUGCAUUUGGGCUUCAGCUUGUACUUACCUUCUUCUUCAUGCCAGAGACAGCUUACAAGCGCUCCAUCAGCUCAGACGUCCCAGUGGACUCUCAUGUGGAGGGACGUUCUGCUGUGGAUGACAAGAAGGAGUGUGUAUCUCAAGUUGAAAACGGAGCGUCAGUUUGUGACAAUGCACCUAUCCCUGAAGCACACUCAUUCAUCUAUACUCUUCGACCCUGGAGCGGUUAUUAUGACGCUUCUGGCUUCUGGUAUAGCAUGUUUGCACCUUUCAAAAUGCUUGGUUCUCCCGUGGUUAUUUGGGGAUGCUUCCAGUUGACCAUUUGCAUGAGCUGGCUAGUGCUGCUUGCAUCUACAGCCUCGCAAAUCUUUACCGAGCCUCCAUACAACUUCAAUGUUGCCCAGGUGGGGUUGACUAACUUAUCAUCGUUUGUUGAACCCGAAUUCCGUCUUCCAAUCCUCGUUCUUCUGACUACACUUGGCGGCAGUGGCUUUUUUGGCUACGGCCAGAGCCUUUCGAACGGCGAGCCUUGGCCUAUCCCUGUCAUCGUCUGCUUGGGCAUGAUCAACCUCGGAGUCCAAUUCGGCAUCGUUGGCCUUGUUUCCUAUGUCGUCGACUCGCAUCGUCGUGAGGCUGUUGAAGCAUACGCAAUGAUGAGCUUUACCAAGAAUGUUUUUGCCUUUGGCAUGAGCUUCUAUAUGAACGACUGGAUUGAGUACCAAGGUGUGAGGAAUGCCUUCUUUGUGAUUGGCGGUAUAACUAUAGCACUCACCAUGGCUACCAUCCCCAUGUACAUCUAUGGCAAGAGAGCACGAAGCUUGGCAUUUCGUCAUGGCUUUCUUCAGUAG